AUGCAGAAAUGGGGAGGAAAGAGAGAGGUGAUGUACACAGCCUUCCGCGCCCUUGGGGACAGUGUGGACUAUGUGCAGGUCUGUGAUUCCGACACUGUGUUGGACCCAGCAUGCACUGCAGAAAUGCUGCGUAUUUUGGAGGAAGACCCAAAAGUGGGUGGAGUUGGAGGAGAUGUACAGAUCUUGAACAAAUAUGAUUCAUGGAUCUCCUUCUUGAGCAGUGUGCGUUAUUGGAUGGCGUUUAAUGUGGAGCGAGCUUGUCAGUCUUACUUUGGCUGUGUGCAGUGCAUUAGCGGCCCACUGGGGAUGUAUCGGAACAGCCUUUUGCAAUAUUUCCUGGAGGACUGGUACCACCAGACCUUCUUAGGACAGAAAUGCAGCUUUGGAGACGACCGACACCUCACCAAUCGCGUGCUUAGCAUGGGUUUUCGGACUAAGUAUACAGCGCGUUCCAAGUGCCUGACAGAGACCCCCACCAAGUACCUGCGUUGGCUUAACCAGCAGACUCGUUGGAGCAAAUCUUAUUUUCGGGAGUGGUUGUACAACGCUUUGUGGUUCCACAAACAUCACCUCUGGAUGACCUACGAAUCUGUGGUGACUGGCUUCUUCCCAUUCUUUCUGGUGGCCACCGUGGUGCAGCUUUUCUACCGUGGCCGCAUUUGGAACAUCAUGCUUUUCCUCCUGACCGUUCAGCUCGUCGGCAUCGUGAAGGCCACUUAUGCGUGCUUCCUUCGUGGCAAUGCCGAAAUGAUCUUCAUGUCUUUGUAUUCUCUUCUGUAUAUGACUAGCCUGCUACCUGCCAAAAUGUUUGCCGUGAUCACCAUCAACAAGUCAGGCUGGGGUACCUCAGGACGGAAAAAGCUUGUAGUUAACUUCAUGGGGAUGGUCCCAGUAUCCGUCUGGUUCUGUGUCCUUCUAGGUGGUCUAGUGUACACAGCCUACUGCCAAAGUCAGGACCCCUUCUCUGAAACGGAACUGCUGUUCCUGGUAACGGGAGCAAUACUGUAUGGCUGUUAUUGGCUAGCACUUCUAAGUUUGUACGUAGCGAUUGUUGCCCGGCGCUGUGGCAAGAAACAGGAGCUUUAUAACCUGGCACUAGCAGAAGUAUGA